AUGGGAAUAGAGGCUUCCUCUCCGACCGACGGCCGGCUAAAGAACGAGGGGGCCGCCCAUCUACCGCCCGCGCGGCGGAGAGAGACACAAUGCUUGGUGUGUUUGAAAUGGUUUGCUGCUAUUGAAUCCGUUCGCCCGCACUGCAGGCGAUAUCAUGAGGGCCACGGGGCUCCUGUAACGGUGAAACGCUGGAGGCACCAGGGGGAUGCUCCUGACGACUUGCCUCUUUCUGCCUUCUCGUGCCCCACGUGCGGAUUCCAGUGCCACAGCAAACGCGGACUCACAAGGCACCGCAUAGUCAGCCAUGGGUUCAGGCCGGACGUGGUGAAACCAAGCCAACGUGGAGAGUGCGAAGGGGCGGGAAUGCACCUAUUGAGCUGUCCCGCAUUAAAGGGUCUACGGUGCCACUUUGGGGUGGAUGGGGGCGACAUGGAGAAGUUGCGCUUCAUGCAGAUGUUGGCCAAAUACCUGCUUGCAGUGGAAAGGUUUUGCCCUCAACGGCCUUCCCCGACAGAACCGACGCCAACCAUACAGGUCCAGGAAUAG